UUGGGAUUCUCUGUGUCGGUCCCAUUUCCACUUGCAAUGGACGUCGUGGUGGCGGACCUUGUGCGGCUCGUCGAGACCCCCAAGGAGUCGGCUGCAGAUGCGCUGGCGGGUCUCGGCGGCAUCGAAGGCGUCGCGGACAAGCUUCGUGUCCAGUUGGAAACGGGCCUGAGCGACGCCGAUCAAGGCAAGGACAUUGCAGAGCGCAAAGCGAGGUUUGGGACAAACUAUGUCGAACCAGAAAAACCUUCGUCCAUCUUGGAGCUGAUGUGGGAAGCGUGGCAGGACUUGACCAUCAUGAUCUUGACGGGGUCGGGAGCAGCGUCGCUGAUUCUCGGCCUCACCAUCGGCCACGACACGAGCGUGGACUGGAUUGAAGGCGCGUCGAUUUUGUUUGCCGUGCUCAUCGUGGUCUUUGUCACGGCCAUCAACGACUACCAAAAGGAGAAGCAAUUUCAAGCGCUGAACGCCGUCAAGGAGGACGAGAAGAUCAAGGUCAUUCGCAACGGCGUGCCGGCCGAGGUGAGCAAGUUCAGCUUGGUCGUGGGGGACAUUGUCCGCGUCGACUUGGGCGACAUCAUCCCGGCGGACGGGCUCGUGUUUGACGAGAACGACUUGAAGCUCGACGAAAGCGCCAUGACAGGCGAGUCCGUCUUGCUCAAGAAGGACCGAAAACUCGCGCCGUUCCUGCUGUCCGGCACCAAAGUCAUGGAAGGCGUCGGGAAGAUGCUCGUGAUUUGCGUCGGCGAGAACUCGCAGGCCGGCAUCAUCUCCAAGUUGAUUCGAAAUGCAUCCGGCAAGCACGCAGAAGACAAGAAAGUCGCGACGAAAACAUCCAAGCAGGACACGCCAACUCCCGUGGACGACCCAGUCGACCCCAACUACAUCGCGCUCGCCACCCCACGCGGCCCGUCGACUUGUGCGACAGAACCGGACGUGGAGGAAAUCGUGUCGCCUCUCCAAGGCAAGCUCGAUCGUUUGACCAUCCUGAUCGGCAAGUUGGGCCUCGCCAUGGCCGUCAUUGUGUUCGUUGCCAUGUCGAUUCGAUUCUCGGUCAAAACGUUUGCCAUCGAUAAGAAAGAGUGGACAAAGAGCUUCGCAGAGGAGUACCUCAACUUCCUCAUCGUGGCGAUCACGGUGCUCGUCGUGGCGAUUCCGGAGGGGCUUCCACUAGCAGUCACCAUCGCGUUGGCUUUUUCCGUCAAGAAGAUGCUCAAGGACAACAACCUGGUGCGCCACCUGGACGCGUGCGAGACGAUGGGCAGCGCCACGACCAUUUGCUCGGACAAAACAGGCACCCUCACCACGAACCGCAUGACUGUCAUGGAGUGCUACCUCGGCCAGCACGAGUUUAGCUCGGCGCCGUCGCUCCGCCUCCAGGCCAGCGCCGCCACCAAGGACAUUCUGUGUAGUUCGAUCAGCAUCAACUCGACGGCCGAGAUCCUGCCGCCCAAGCAGGUCGGGGCUCAGCCCGAGCACACGGGCAACAAGACCGAGUGCGCGUUGCUCCAGUUCGCCGCCGACUUGGGCGUGUCGUACGCCGACGUGCGCAAGGCGGCGUCGAUCUGCCACAUGCUCACGUUCAGCAGCGCCAAGAAGCGCAUGUCGGUGGUCGUGCCGCUGUCCGCGACGCGAUGCCGCAUCUUCACCAAGGGUGCGAGUGAGAUCGUGUUGGAGCUGUGCACGUCGCAGCUCCACUUGGACGGGUCCACGGCCGCGUUCUCCGCCGCCGAGCGCAACGCCGUCAACGCCAACAUCAUCGACAAGUACGCGUCGCAGGCGUACCGCACGCUGUGCCUGGCGUUCCGCGACGUGGACGCAUCGCCCGAUCAAGUCAAGACGUGGCCCGAUGAAGACGUCGAAAGGGACCUCACGUAUAUCUGCAUCGUCGGGAUUGAAGACCCCGUGCGCGAAGAAGUGCCCGAGUCGAUUCGCCAGUGCAACGAAGCAGGCAUUGUCGUGCGCAUGGUGACUGGCGACAACAUCGCGACGGCGAGGUCCAUUGCGCUCAAGUGCGGCAUCAUCCGUCCGAACGACGGGUCGCUCGUGAUGGAAGGGUCCGUGUUCCGCGCGCGGGUGCUGGACGCGAACGGAAACAUCAAGCAGGACGAGUUUGACAAGAUCUGGCCCAUGCUCCGCGUGCUGGCCCGGUCCAGUCCCAAGGACAAGUACACGCUCGUGUCUGGCUUGAUCCAGUCCAACGUGUACCCGCACGGCCCGCAGGUGGUGGCCGUGACGGGGGACGGCACGAACGACGCGCCGGCGCUCAAGAAGGCGGACGUCGGGUUCGCGAUGGGAAUCUGCGGCACGGCGGUCGCCAAGGACGCGUCGGACAUCAUCCUCAUGGACGACAACUUUCGGUCCAUCGUGAGCGCGGUCAAGUGGGGCCGCAACGUGUACGACUCGAUCGCCAAGUUCCUCCAGUUCCAGCUCACGGUCAACAUCGUGGCUAUCACGACGGCCGUGGUCGGCGCGAUUGCUUUGAACGAGUCUCCAUUGACGGCGAUCCAGUUGCUGUGGGUCAACUUGAUCAUGGACACGUUUGCGUCGCUGGCGCUGGCGACAGAUCCACCGACCGACUCGUUGCUGCAUCGCAAGCCGUACCCACGCACGAAAGCGCUCUUGUCCAAGAAGAUGCUCAAACACAUUCUAGGCCAAAGCGUGUUUCAGCUCGUGCUGAUUCUGUUGCUCGUGUUUCAAGGCGAUGCGUUCUUCGGCAUCAAGUCGGGCCGUCGGUCGGCCCAACAGGUCGACUCGGGCGAGCGCAGCCCUCCGUCCCAGCACUACACGAUUGUUUUCAACACGUUUGUGUUUCUCCAGCUCUUCAACGAGCUCAACUCGCGGAAAAUCCAUGAUGAAGUCAACAUCUUCACCAACAUUUGGGGCAAUACGUUGUUUAUUGGGAUUUCCAUCUUUCAAGUGGGGGCUCAAGCGCUGAUCUGUCAAUUGGGUGGUCGCGCGUUCGGGUGUGCCAUGCUCACGACCGAGCAGUUUUUCAUUUGUGUUGGGUUGGGGUCGCUGUCGCUGCCCGUGGGCCUCCUUCUCCGGCUGACAGCGUACAAACCGCUCAAUUCGGCGUUCAAAGGCAAGGCAAACGAAGCCCAGGACACGUCGACUCGCGGCAGAGAGCUCUGGAUGCGGGGAUUGCGCCGACUUCGUGCACAAGUUCGCGUGGUCAAAGCGUUCCAGAGAGGACUCGGGCAAGACAUUCGCCGGCCACUGCAAUAACCAAACGUUGGUGCAUGGCGUCCACGUCUGCCUUUGCAUCGUAAUUUGUACUACGCCUGCUUUGUCUGCA